AUGAAAGAAUCUUGUUUGGUGGCUUUAGAUUACAUAAGAGCUAAUUGUGAAAAAUUUGGUAUUGACCCCAAAAAGUUUUCUCAAAAUAAAAUUCGCAUUCAUGCCGUAGAAGGUGCUGUCCCUAAAGAAGGACCCAGUGCCGGCAUUGCUUUAACGUCGGCCAUUAUUUCGGCUCUCACCGGUCAAGCCAUCUCUACUGAAGUGGGAAUGACCGGAGAAAUUACUCUUCACGGCCACGUGGAAGCGAUUGGGGGCUUAAAAGAAAAAUCCAUUGCCGCCCAUCGCAGCGGAUUAAAAACGAUUAUAAUCCCCAAGUCUAAUGAAAAAGACAUCGAAGACAUUCCUGAAGAAGUUCGGCAAAAUUUAGAAAUUGUUACUGUCGAUGAGUAUGAAGAGGCUUGUCAAAAAGAAAAAACUGCUCAUACUGUCUAUUACGAUAUUUAUCAUGGCGACGAUAAUGCCAAACAAGCCUUAAAAGGAGUAAAAGAGGGUCCGGAAUUUCAAAAAGAAAUUAUUGAGAAAUUUUUUCUAAUGGAACAUAUUUCGACUUCUCUCCGUCAAAAACUUAACGCGGCUUAUCAAAAAUUGCGUGAAAAAGGCGGUCAGCAAACCAACGUCUACGAAUGUAAUCUCUGCGAUAAUUGUGGUGAUGAAGUAAACGUUUGUCAGCAAAAAUUAAAAAACGAUUAUCAAUCUAAUGUCUUAAAUAAACUAGUGGCUUUUGGUCCAGAAACUUCCGCUCAAAUUGAAAAAGAAAUCGGUAUAGAUAAGGCGGCAAGAAUUGCCAUUGAAACGACUUACGACAACAAAAAGAAAACAGACAAUCGCCAGGCCUGA